ACUUUCACUUAACAGGAAACAGCUUCGUGCGCAGCAGUAAGUCCAGCCAGGGAAGAAGACUGUCAACAUGUCAGCCGCCGACACUGAGGAGCUCAUGGAUACAAGUGAAUACGUGAAAGUUCCAGGACCUGCUGAUGUGGAUAUGAUGACCGAAACACAGAGCCAAGAUGAAGUUCAACAAGUUAUCUUCAUCAAGUGGGAGGAGGCUAUUCAACCACAAAGAUAUAAAGUGGAACUGACCAAAGCUCUUCAGAGUUGGGCCAACAAGUAUGACAUUGUGGUGGACUUCGACGUUGUAAAGGCCUCUGACGAUGAAGCUUCGAUUAAGAUAAAACCUGCUUCAGUUUUGACAAAGCUGCUGGAAGCUGAGGGACAAACACUGACCACCAGAAACAAGAAAAUAGUCACUCUAGUGUCAGUGAGUCCUCCAGAGACAAAAGUGCCACAAAAUGCUCCAAUGAAACUCCCUUCACCAUCUGUGCCAGACCUGCAAAAUGAGCCAGGGCAACAGCAGGAACAAAGUGAGUUUAGCAGCUCAGUUGCAGAUUCUGCAGCUGAAGAGAAGACAUUCACUUGUUAUGUCCCAAUUGGCCAUUACUGGUAUGUGAACCACAUCUACAAGGAGAAAAUCGAUCGUAUAGAGAAAGAGAAUGGAGUCCAAAUUGCCGCACAAAUGACGGUAAAACUUGCACCAUGCCAGAAAUAUGGAAACAUACACAAAGCUUACGAUGAGUUCCAAAACCUCAUCCAGACAACCGCCACUGAAUCCGAAGGCUUUAACUUCCCUCUCAAGAACAUUUCUCCAGAGGCAUGGGAGGACAUGCUGAAAGUCCUCCAGAAAAAAGAGAACAAGGCUUUCCUUACGCUGUACUCUAAUGAAAUAAUGGUAUGUGGGCCAGGCGAAAGUCAAGAUGCCAUCAGCAAGUCUCUCAGUACUACAAUACAGAAAACCUUAACUUACUCCAAACCCUCUGUUGAAGAGCCACAGACGAUUGGCAUGAGCAUCAACGACCCUCUCGUCUACACUGGAGUAAACAUUGAAGAGAGCGUCUGGGGGCUGAUGACUACCUCCUUCAAUGACCAAGUAGCUAAGCUGAAAGCUAAAUUUGAUGUGGACUUUAAAGAAUCAGGCCUCGGUCAAGGACAAGUGAAUAUCAAAGCUCGUUCAAGAAGAUCCAAACAAAACAAAUCAAUGGAGAGCCAUGCUGUCAGGGCUCUCCUUCGUCUGUACCAGAGAAUCAGCACAUCAGCCCAGGGGUUAACCAAACGCUAUGGUGUCAGUGGGUUCAAGAGCUCUCCCAAGACUAAUGAUUAUCAGCCAGAGGGGGCAUCCGGUGGAGCUGUGUCGAAUGGGCCGCCAGGAUACAGCAGGGGCGACACUGAAGAACCCAGAGGAGGGGCAGCGGCUGCAGGAGACGACAAAGACGUAAACUGCCCCAUAUGCAUAGAUAAGUUCAACAAUAAGGUCCAGCUGAAGUGUAAACAUGAGUUUUGUAAGGAAUGCCUGGAAGAAGCAAAGAAGAACACGGGGCCAGUCUGUCCUGUGUGUAAAGAUGUCUUCGGUGUGGUAGAGGGAAACCAGCCAGAUGGAAAAAUGACCUGGAAGAGUAAGGUGUCAUCCCUCAAAGGAUUCCCACACUGUGGCACUAUAGUCAUCACCUAUGAUAUUCCAAGUGGGAAACAGACGAAAAGACAUCCCAAUCCUGGGCAAACUUACACUGGUGUUAACAGAGAAGCAUAUCUGCCAGACAACAGCGAGGGCAGAGAAGUGCUGCACCUGUUGAAGAAAGCAUUUGACCAGAAGCUCAUUUUCACUGUUGGGACUUCCAGAACGACCGGGUUGGAGAACCAGGUGACCUGGAAUGACAUUCACCACAAAACCUCCCUGUCAGGAGGACCACAGGGGUUUGGUUAUCCUGAUCCUGCUUACCUGAUCAGAGUGAAAGAGGAGCUGAAGGCUAAAGGCAUCAAGUGAACUCUGAAGCAGUCACAGGUCUUAAUUUAACAUGCAGGAAGUCCUUCAGAAAUCCAGAUGAUUGAUCUUUGAUUUAUUUGAUUUUGUAAAACCAGCAAUAAGUGUUAUUAUAUUAUAUGCUGUUAAUUGUAGUUUUUCAAAUAAUCAUUUAGCGUUCCUUUGAGAUUGAGCUUUAGAUUGAAUUGUUCAGCAACAUGAUAUCUGCAUGUUUUAAAUAUGAUUUUCUUUGAAGGAUAAAGAGUGUAAGAAUGAAACUUCAAUGUAUUCAUUUAAUUUUAUAUGCACAGUGCAUAUCAUCUGAUUUAUUGUUCACCUAAGAGCUGAUUAAAGUA